AUGAAGGUGAACACGACAAAUAACUUGAGGCUCGGGAGCAAUAUCUCAGGCGACAGAUACCUGAAAGGCUGGGUCCAGGAGCCAGAAAGUGUCUACAUCUACCCAGCAGAAAGUGUCUACAUCUACCCAGCAGAAAGUGUCUACAUCUACCCAGCAGAAAGUGUCUAUAUCUACCCAGCAGAAAGUGCCUACAUCUACCCAGCAGAAAGUGCCUACAUCUACCCAGCAGAAAGUGUCUACAUCUACCCAGCAGAAAGUGUCUACAUCUACCCAGCAGAAAGUGUCUACAUCUACCCAGCAGAAAGUGUCUACAUCUACCCAGCAGAAAGUGUCUCCAUCUACCCAGCAGAAAGGGUCUACAUCUACCCAGCAGAAAGGGUCUACAUCUACCCAGCAGAAAGUGUCUCCAUCUACCCAGCAGAAAGUGUCUACAUCUACCCAGCAGAAAGUGUCUACUUCUACCCAGCAGAAAGUGUCUACUUCUACCCAGCAGAAAGUGUCUACAUCUACCCAGCAGAAAGUGUCUACAUCCACCCAGCAGAAAGUGUCUACAUCUACCCAGCAGAAAGUGUCUACAUCCACCCAGCAGAAAGUGUCUACAUCUACCCAGCAGAAAGUGUCUACAUCCACCCAGCAGAAAGUGUCUACAUCUACCCAGCAGAAAGUGUCUACAUCCACCCAGCAGAAAGUGUCUACAUCUACCCAGCAGAAAGGGUCUACAUCUACCCAGCAGAAAGUGUCUACAUCUACCCAGCAGAAAGGGUCUACAUCUACCCAGCAGAAAGUGUCUACAUCUACCCAGCAGAAAGGGUCUACAUCUACCCAGCAGAAAGUGUCUACAUCUACCCAGCAGAAAGUGUCUACAUCUACCCAGCAGAAAGUGUCUACAUCUACCCAGCAGAAAGUGUCUACAUCUACCCAGCAGAAAGUGUCUACAUCUACCCAGCAGAAAUAUCAACACCCGCCCGCCUCCAGAAAUUCGGAGAAUGGGAACUGACUGAAAAACUGUCUACUGUUGCCCGGCCGGCUUCCAGCGACGGCUUCCAGCGGCGGCUUCCAGCGGUGGCUUCCAGCGACGGCUUCCAGCGACGGCUUCCAGCGACGGCUUCCAGCGACGGCUUCCAGCGACGGCUUCCAGGGACGGCUUCCAGCGGAGGCUUCCAGCGGAGGCUUCCAGCGACGGCUUCCAGCGACGGCUUCCAGCGGAGGCUUCCAGCGGCGGCUUUCAGCGGCGGCCUCCAGCGGCGGCUUCCAGUGGAGGCUUCCAGCGGCGGCCUCCAGCGGCGGCUUCCAGCGACGGCCUCCAGCGGCGGCUUCCAGCGGCGGCUUCCAGCGACGGCUUCCAGCGGCGGCUUCCAGCGACGGCUUCCAGCGACGGCCUCCAGUGGCGGCUUCCAGCGGAGGCUUCCAGCGACGGCUUCCAGCGACGGCCUCCAGCGGCGGCUUCCAGCGGAGGCUUCCAGCGACGGCUUCCAGCGGCGGCUUCCAGCGACGGCUUCCAGCGGAGGCUUCCAGCGACGGCUUCCAGCGGCGGCUUCCAGCGACGGCUUCCAGCGACGGCCUCCAGCGACGGCCUCCAGCGACGGCCUCCAGCGACGGCCUCCAGCGACGGCUUCCAGCGGCGGCUUCCAGCGACGGCCUCCAGCGACGGCCUCCAGCGGCGGCUUCCAGCGACGGCCUCCAGCGACGGCCUCCAGCGACGGCUUCCAGCGACGGCCUCCAGCGACGGCUUCCAGCGACGGCCUCCAGCGACGGCCUCCAGCGACGGCUUCCAGCGACGGCCUCCAGCGACGGCCUCCAGCGGCGGCUUCCAGCGACGGCCUCCAGCGACGGCCUCCAGCGACGGCUUCCAGCGACGGCCUCCAGCGGCUGCUCCCUCACCCAUCUGAUAUUACUGCUUCAUUGAGAGAUUUGUACCUGCAAUUCUUGGCUCUUGUGGAGAAUCUUGGACAAAGGGGCUUUCCGGGUGCUGUAUACAGCGAAGAUGACUCAUAUGAAUAUGUAUCCCAAACAUGGAACACUUACCCGAAAAAGGACAAGAAGAACUAG